AUGAAUGAAUUAUUAAUUUCCAUUUAUCCUCACAUAAAAAAUAUAAUUUAUUUUUACAUUAGUCAUCUAUACUUAACUUCUUUCUUCUUGUAAUCUAAUAAUAAUCUGAGGUUAUAAAAGGGGAAGCUAAGCUGGAAGGAAGUUCAAUCCAACUGA